UGAACCGACAGACAGACAGACCGGAGAAAACUCAUUAUUCUAGAGAGAGAAAGUUGAAUAAGAAUAUUUUAAUUCUUCUUCUUCUUCCUCAUGAUGAUGAUCAUAUGAAAAUGGCCAUGGAUCAUCGAGCAGUAACCUCUAAUUCUAAUUCUGUAGUAUCGAUCGAGUGUUUAAAAGGCGGUUCAAAGGCCGAUGAAUGGACCGGCGGCAUGCUACAGACCGGCGACAUCGUUGAAGAGCUCCGGAUCGGGAGACGUAAUUACAUGACGGUUCGGGCGCCUUUUAAGAACGGACGAGCCGGAAUCCAGAAGCUUCUACACUCUUCGUUUAGGGAUAAAGAGACGUCGAUCUUUGUCCGAGUCAAACGGGGAAACUCGGACGAGUAUGCCGAGUUACAAGGUUGUAUCGUUCCGAACGAAGCGGCCGGGAAGAAACAAUAUAUGCUUCGAUCCAUCAACGACCCCAAUUAUGCUAUCGCCUUUAUGGACCGCACCCAAGCUGAUUGCAUUGCCAUUCAAGGAACUAGGAACGCUCGUCUAGAAGACGCACUAGCAGUUGCUCGUCUUCAAGACGGUUACGUUCAAUUCCCAUGGGAAAAGAAAAUGCGGGAGAUGCUACUAGUCCCAAAUUCGAGCUGUUUUCUAUCCGUUCUUUUCCUCCCAAAAGCUGCAGAUGAAGCCUCGACCCAUUACAACGAUCUAGACGAUACCCUGGCCCGAGCCAAUGCCUGGCUCAGCGCUUCCCAAUCUACCGGAGUUCCCCUUGUCUUUAUGAACAUCCAGACUGAAUUGUUACUUACCAAGAUUUCGGGAGAAAAGGCAUCCUCGACUGUGAACACAGGCUCGUUAUCUGAUUUAUCAAACCUUGCCGGUGCAAGCCUAUACGGGUUCGAGGAUUACCAUGGUGUGGACAUUGGAGUAGUUAGAGCGGUUCGAUUAUGGUAUUCUCCUCUUGGAGGGGAGAUGUCAAUCGAGAUAAAACUUAAAGAUGGUGAUACCAAGCUCGGUUUCGCUAUUAGCCGAACCGAAGAGGGGUUCAUCUACAUUUCAUCUGUCAUAGAAGGGGAUGAAGAUGCUCCAUCGUCAAGAUCUGGACUUAACAAUCUUUACAAAGAAGCCAUAUGGGCAAAUAAACGGCUAGUUAUCUCGAGGGUUUGUAACAAGAAAGUGCUGCCAUGGAUAGUUUCACAAACAGGGGCCAUUAGAUGUUUUGACACGGUUUCUCUUAGCCAGAAGUUAUCUCUUCAUAGGCAUGCUAAGGUACCCAUUACACUCCAUGUCUUCUUAUGGGACAGGUCGAGAGUAAUACCCGGUCCUAUGUUUAUGGGCAGCCCAUCCCCAGCCCCAAUUUCAAUGCCUGUUGAAGUUGUUCAAACGGUGAAUGUGAAUCAAGUGGUUCCACUUGAAGAUGAUAAUGAUGUAGAAGGUGGGCUUGGAAUGGUUAUGGAAAGAGAUACUGCUGGUGAAUCCUCUUUCAGAUUUCAUGAUUUUGCACUUCCUAAUAACUGGGUAUGAGUUAAUAAUUCGUAUUGUAAACUUGUAAUUUUGAAAUGAACAAUAAGAAGAGUGAUCAGAAUUCGAUUCAUCAAUUAAGCUAACAAUGAGAAAACAGAGUACAUUCGAUUCGAUUGAAAAUGAAAUUUACAUCACAAACAGAUUAAUCAAAAUCCAAACUGAAAUUCUAAGCUCUCUCGCCACGAAUCCUACGAGCAAGUUGAAUAUCCUUGGGCAUGAUGGUAACUCGCUUGGCAUGAAUAGCGCAGAGAUUUGUAUCUUCAAAGAGUCCAACAAGAUAAGCUUCGGCUGCUUCUUGAAGAGCC